UCACAAUAUUUUUUUUAUUUAUCGCAGUGUGUCAAAAGUGUGUCAAAUGCAAAGAAAAUACAACUGUAUUGAUCAUCCGAGCUGGAGAUGCAUUUUGCAGGGGCUGCUUCAAGGAGUACUUCAUACACAAGUUCCGGGCCAUGCUGGGAAAGAACCGGGUCAUUUUCCCUGGAGAGAAGGUUCUUCUUGCAGUGUCUGGAGGGCCAGCCUCUAGCUCCAUGCUGUCACAGGUUCAAGAGGGUUUGAGUCGAGACGCACCCAAGAAGUUGAGAUUUGUCCCCGGAAUUAUCUACAUAGAUGAGGGCGGUGCCAGUGGUCAAAGCAUGGAAGAGCGGAAGAGGGCAGUGGCUCAACUGGAGUCAGUUUUCAGAGCCACUAAUUACCAUUACCACAUAGUCCACCUAGAGCAGGAGGCGUACAAUGAUUUGAAUGGAGUAACCAGCCCCAUCACCCCUGAACACACCCAAGCCCUUCAGAGACUGUUUGCCUCUGUGAGGACGCCGACAGCCAAAGAGGAUUUGCUACAUACACUGAGGCAGCACCUGAUUCUCCACACAGCGAGGACGCAGGGCUACACCAAGGUGAUGAUGGGGGACAGCUGCUCCCGCCUGGCCAUCAAACUGCUCAGCAACAUCUCUCUGGGGCGAGGGGCAUCGCUGGCAACGGACACGGGCUUCUCAGAUCCUCGCCACGUAGACGUGGUCAUUGUCAGACCCAUGAGGGACUACUCCUCUAAAGAAAUAGCCUAUUACAACAGAAUGUUUGACAUCCCCUCGGUCUUCAUCCCUGGCCUGGACUCUAAGGCACAAGACAAGGCCAGCAUCCAGCGCUUGACAGAGAGCUUUGUCACCAAACUCCAGACGGACUUCCCCUCUACUGUCAGCACAAUCUACAGGACCAGUGAGAAGCUCCACACCGCAUGUCUCCCUCAGAACACCAACACACAACCCUCUGCAAAGUGCCUACUGUGUGUCUGUGCCAUGGACACUAAACUAGAGGAGUUCUCUGCCUACCAGGCCACACUGAUCUCAGAGCAGCUGUCUCAGAGGCGGGGCCCAGGCCCUGAGUUCACCCCUGGUACAGCAGCAGCUCCAGGGUCGCCUCCAGCCUCCUCGGCAGGCCAGGGCCACUCCUCUGGAGGGGGCCAGAGUCAGGGCUGUGAGACUGGAGAGGGGGGCUGCAGCUCCUCUGCUAAGGAGCCAGAGACAGUGGAUCUUAAAAGCCUGUUGUGUUACAGUUGUAGACUGACCAUCAAAGACAUGACUGCAUUAGAUGCACUUCCCCAGUACAUACUGUCAGAGGCUGAGAGGAGACGGUCUCAGAUGAGGGAGGAGAUCAGUGAGUUCCUGCUAGAUGAGGCAGAGGAUGAAGCCAUCCCGAGGGUCAAUGGGUCAUAGUGACAGGACUCUGUCCAUCGGCACUGCAGUGACACUGUUCCCUUGGCAACUCUACAGCCAAGACUGUUUGUCACAAUAUAAACUAAUACCAAUUGCUUUUCUUAUUUAUUUUCAGUCAGUUUAUUAAUUAUUUGUCUAUAAGAUAACUAUAGACCGUUUAAAUCAAUCUUAACUGUGCCCAAAAUGAUUUGUACAAGGCAUUGCUUGGUGGUGAAUCUAACAUUGAUUAAGGUCUAACUAAUGAAUUGAAUAUAUGAUGCUGAAACAAUUUGUUUUUCCAUGUCAGGAAUGAGAAAGAUCAUUUAUUUGUACAGAUGAACAAUAUUUUCAUUGGUUUAGGAGCUGAAUCACAUUAUAUUGGAAAUAGAAACGAUUAUUCCACAACAGAGAUCCCAUAGCAACAACCUACAUGGUUCUACAUUAGAACUCCCAUCAGCAUCACACAGGUUCUCUGAAAAUGAGAGCAAACAUAUGGCAAUAAAGUAAAACACAUGUUUAUUAAAGUUAGGAAAGGUUUUGGUUUGACGUUUUUGCAUAUAGAUUUAUGCAUAUUACAUUUACAUUUAAGUCAUUUAGCAGACGCUCUUAUCCAGAGCGACUUACAAAUUGGUGCAUUCACCUUAUGACAUCCAGUGGAACAGUCACUUUACAACUACUCAAGCAAUGGUUGAACCAUAUUGUAACAAUUCA